AAAAAAACACAAACUCCGCCUUCCUCCGCCGCCCGUCACCGCUACCAUGUCGGCCACCGUUCCUCAUUCCCUCCUCCUCAAGAACCCGACCAACUCCCUCAAACCCACCUCUCUCGCCACCCAAUUUGGCAGCUUCCCCACCAACCUCUCCCUUCCCACCACCACUCCAAAACCAUUUGCCAUAACAUGUUCAUCCGCCGCCGCCACCACCACCACCCCAAUCCCGGCCGCCGCAUCGACCUCCGCAUCCUCAAAUCGCGUUUUCAAUUUCGCCGCGGGCCCCGCUACCCUUCCUGAAAACGUUCUUCUCAAAGCUCAAUCGGAGCUCUACGACUGGCGUGGGUCUGGUAUGUCGGUGAUGGAGAUGAGCCACCGUGGUAAGGAGUUCCUCUCCAUUAUUCAAAAGGCCGAAUCAGAUCUGAGGGAACUUCUCAACAUUCCUUCAGAUUACGAUGUCCUCUUCCUCCAAGGUGGCGCCACCACCCAAUUCGCCGCCAUCCCGCUUAACAUUUGCCAGCCGGACGACGUCGUGGAUUACGUUGUUACCGGUUCCUGGGGAGACAAGGCUUAUAAGGAAGCCGCGAAAUUCUGCAAGCCCAAGGUGAUCUGGACCGGAAAGCCCGACAAGUACACCAACAUUCCCGGCUUUGAUUCGUUGGAACAGAGCCCGGAUGCUAAGUAUUUGCAUAUAUGCGCCAAUGAAACCAUUCACGGUGUUGAGUUCAAGGAUUAUCCCACACCCAAAAGUUCCAACGCCAUUUUGGUUGCGGAUAUGUCAUCAAACUUCUGUUCGAAGCCAGUGGAUGUUUCCAAGUUUGGAGUGAUCUAUGCUGGGGCUCAGAAGAAUGUUGGCCCAUCUGGAGUUACCAUUGUGAUUAUAAGGAAAGAUUUGAUUGGAAAUGCUCAGCCAAUUACUCCAGUUAUGUUGGAUUACAAGAUCCAUUCGGAGAAUAAAUCGCUGUAUAACACCCCUCCUUGCUAUGGAAUUUAUAUGUGCGGGUUAGUGUUUGAGGAUUUGUUGGCUCAGGGUGGAUUAGGUGAGGUUGAGAAGAAGAACAAGAAGAAAGCCCAGAUCCUGUAUGAUACCAUUGAUGGCAGUAAUGGAUUUUACAGAUGCCCUGUUGAGAAAUCCGUGAGGUCAUUGAUGAAUGUGCCGUUUACUUUGGAGAAAUCUGAGCUUGAAGCUGAGUUUAUCAAGGAGGCUGCUAAGGAGAAGAUGGUUCAGCUCAAGGGGCAUAGGUCGGUUGGUGGAAUGAGGGCUUCUAUAUACAAUGCUAUGCCCUAUGAUGGAGUUGAGAAGUUGGUUGCUUUCAUGAAGGAUUUCCAGGCCAGGCAUGGUUGAUAUUAUGGAUUUGGUUUCAGGGAAUUGUAGCACUACUUCAUUGUUUUUGGUUUUUCGGAUCAUUUCGGGAUUUUGCUUUAGAUUGUUUUAGUAAUUCUGUUUAAGAACACUAGAGUUUGGUUUACUUUUGGAGUAAAAUAAACCCAUGCAUGGAACUGUUUACCUGUACCGUAAUACCUAUCAGUAAUGAUCAGCAUCACUGAAGAAUCCAGUGAGAGCUUCUGCUUUUUUUUUUUUUUUGUUACUUACUAAUGUCUGCAAUUGUAUAUCAAGCAUUAUUGUGAUCAAUGGAUG